GAGCCACCAGCGAGGAGCGAGGGGCAGGGCAGGCGAGAGGAAGUGCGGCGGCGCGAGGCAUUCUGGAGCCGGAAAUGCGGUGCACGUUACUUUGAACGUCAUGGCGGUGGCUCGCGCCCCUAGGAGGCGCCUGGCGGAGCUGACAGUGGACGAGUUUUUGGCUUCGGGCUUUGACUCCGAGUCGGAGCCGGAAGAGUCCCUGGAGGCUGUGGAGCGGGAGAGGACCCGGGGCGAAGCCCCCAGGAGUCUGGAGCACACCAGGACGCGCACCUUGCCUUGUCCUCAUAAAGGGCGUGCUUCUGAGCAUAAGGACCAGCUCUCUCGGCUAAGGGACAGAGACCCUGAGUUCUACAAGUUUCUGCAGGAGAAUGAUCAGAGCUUACUGGACUUCAGUGACUCAGACAGCUCUGAGGAAGGAGAAGAGCAGUUCCACUCCCUGCCAGACAUGCUGGAGGAAGCAAGUGAAGAGGAGGAGGAGAAUGGAGGAGAGGACAGUAACUUAGCCCCCAGAGGAUUGCAGAGGAAGAAGAAUGAGCCUGUCCCUGUGACCCUUACUAUGUUGGAGAAAUGGAAGCAGGGGGCAAGGCAGCACCUCACUCCCAGGCUGUUCCAUGAAGUUGUGCAGGCAUUCCGAGCAGCUGUAGCCACCACCCAAGGAGACCAGGAAGUUGCUGAGGCUUGCAGGUUCCAGGUCUCAGAUAGUGCAGUGUUCAACGCUCUGGUCACCUUCUGCAUUAGAGACCUCUUUGGUUGUCUUCAGAAGCUGCUGUUUGGAAAGGCUCUGAAGAAUAGCAGCAAGAUGCUGCUGCCGUCCAGUAGCCCACUCUGGGGGAAGCUCCGUGUGGAUGUCAAGGCAUACCUAAGUGCGGUCAUACAGCUGGUAGCCUGUCUGGCUGAAACCACAGUGUGUGUGGCCGUCCUACAGCAUGUCAGCAGCUUGGUGCCUUACUUCCUGACCUUCCCCAAGCAGUGCCGUAUGCUGCUUAAGAGGAUGGUGAUUCUGUGGAGCACAGGUGAGGAGUCCCUACGGGUCUUGGCCUUCCUGGUACUCAUUAGAGUCUGCAGGCACAAGAAGGAUACCUUCCUCAGUCCCAUACUAAAGCAAAUGUACAUCAUGUACGUGAGAAACUGCAAGUUCACUUCUCCUAGUACCCUGCCCCUCAUAAGCUUCAUGCAGCGAACACUGACUGAGCUGCUUGCCUUGGACUCCAGUGUCUCCUAUCAGCAUGCCUUCCUCUACAUCCGCCAGCUUGCCAUCCACCUGCGUAAUGCCAUGACCACGGGCAAGAAGGAAACAUACCAGUCUGUGUACAACUGGCAGUAUGUACACUGCCUCUACUUAUGGUGCCGAGUCCUGAGUGCCCUUGGUUCCAGUGAGGUCCUACAGCCCCUACUCUACCCUCUCUCACAGGUUAUCAUCGGCUGCAUCAAACUGUUGCCCACUGCCCGCUUCUAUCCAUUGCGUAUGCAUUGCAUACGUGCCCUGACAUUGCUGUCCCAGACAACUGGCACCUUCAUUCCUGUUCUGCCCUUCAUUCUCGAGGUUUUCCAACAGGUGGACUUCAGUAGGCGGCCAGGCCGCAUGAGCGCCAGGCCCAUCAACUUCUCUGUGAUCUUGAAGCUGUCCAAUGCCAACCUACAAGAGAAGGCAUACCGGGAUGGUCUGCUGGAGCAGCUGUAUGACCUUAUUCUGGAGUAUCUGCACAGCCAGGCUCAUAGCAUCGCCUUCCCAGAGCUAGUGUUGCCCACUGUCUUACAGCUGAAAUCCUUUCUCCGGGAGUGCAAGGUUGCUAACUACUGCCGACAGGUGCGCCAGCUGCUGGAGAAGGUGCAGGAGAACGCAGAGCAUAUCCGCAGCCUUCGCCAGAGAGUCUCCUUUAGUGUUUCUGAUGAGCUGGCAGUGGAUGCUUGGGAGAAGCAAGCCCGGGAUGAAGGAACCCCACUCAUCAGGUACUACAGCCACUGGAGGAAGCUGAGAGACCGUGAGAUCCAAUUGGAGAUCAGUGGCAAAGAGCGGCUAGAAGACCUAAACUUCCCAGAGAUCAAAAGGCGGAAAAUGGAAGACAGAAAGGAUGAAGACAGGAAGGAAUUUAAAGACCUGUUUGAGUUGGACAGUGAUGAAGAAGAGGACAGUACAGAUGUCUCAGAGAAAGGGGUACCUAGGCUCCUGAGAGCUCAGCAGGGAGUGAAAGAAGAGGAGGAGGAGGAAGAGGAUGAGAAUGAGGGUACCAGUGAUUCAGAGGAUGGAAGCACAGGCACAGGGAUGGGGCUGGACCCUGGUGAACUGUGGCAACUGGCCCAGGGACCACAGGAUGAGCUGGAGGAUCUGCAGCUCUCUGAGGAGGACUGAGGGCUUCCUGCUGGGUCCUGGAAGCCUUGAGGCCAACAUCUGUGUAGCAAGAGGGCAGUAGACAGUGGACAGGGCUUUAUUGUUACUGCACAACAGACCAAGUGUACCCAGAACUGUCUGACCUGGGAAGGGAACUGACUCUGUAGAGCCUACUGUUGACCCAGCAGGAGGCUGACCCUGACCUGCUGAGCAGUCCUGGUUUAGAGGAGAGCAGCUUCAUGGCCUCUCCACCUCCUUUGUCUUUGGUUAACCCUAGUUCUUUGUAAACUCAUUCCUUUCCUUGUAAGUCACGCAUUUUUCUUU